AUGGGCACCCUCGUCGGCCACGUUGCCCCUGGCUUCGGCUUCUUCAUCAUAGGCCUCUGGCACCUCUUCAACCACAUCAAGCUCCACGCCCAGCGGCCCAACUCCUACGUGGCCCCGCCGUGGUUCCCGGCGGUGCCUCUCCGCCACCUGGAGCUCUACCUCAUCAUGGUGGGUUCCUGCAUCUCCAUAGCCAUGGAGCUCUUCACCGGCCCACACAAAGGACAGCCCCUCGACGACGACUGGACCAUCCCUUCCGACCACCUCCACAACUUCGAGCACUCCUCCAUAUCUCUCAACUUCCUCGUCUACGCCAUCUUCGCUCUCCUCUUCGACCGGCUCCGGUCGCGGGCCAAGUUCGAGCUCACCCAGAUCCUCGCCGCCGUCGCCUUCUCCCAGCAACUCCUCAUGUUCCACCUCCAUUCCACAGACCACAUGGGCGUGGAGGGCCAGUAUCAUCUCCUCCUGCAGGCCGUCGUCGUCGUGUCGCUCGUCACCAACCUCAUGGGCAUCGGCUUCCCCAGGAGCUUCGCCGUGAGCUUUGUCCGGUCAGCGAGCAUCCUCUUCCAGGGGCUGUGGUUCAUACUCAUGGGCUUCGUCCUCUGGACGCCGGCGCUGGUCUUCAAGGGCUGCUUCAUGCACAUGGAGGAAGGGCACAUGGUGGUCCGCUGCCAUGGCGAUGCCGCCCUCCACCGGGCCAAGUCCCUGGUGAACCUCCAGUUCAGCUGGUUCCUCGCCGGCGUCUCCAUCUUCUCCGUCCUCUUCUACCUCUACGUCACCAAGAAGUACUCGGAAGUUCAGGAAUACGUGUCGCUUGGGGCCAAGGAAGGGGAUGACGGUGGCCUAGACUUGGAGUCUCAGAGGAGGACGGAGGAGACCCAGAGUUUCGUCCACAUGAGCAAAGGCUUUGCAGAAAUGGACCUGGAGAGAUAA